GGAGCGGGGCAGGCGUUCCGCGGGUGCCGGCGGCAUGGGCUCCAAGAAGGCAGUGGUAGCGGCGCUGGGCGCGCUGUGCCUGGUGGCCGUGGUGGGCCUCAUCCUGCUCUGCGUGCCCACCAAGGACGUGCUGGAGUCGCCCGCCUUCAAGUUCGGGAUUGUUCUGGAUGCGGGGUCUUCCCACACGGCCAUGUUUGUCUACAAGUGGCCGUCGGACAAGGAGAACGAGACCGGGAUUGUCGGCGAGCACAGCGACUGCCACGUGAAGGGGGGAGGCAUCUCCAGCUACGCCGCAGAUCCCCCGGCAGCUGGGCAAAGCCUGCGAGAGUGCCUCGACCAGGCCCUGGAAGACGUCCCAAAGGCCAGGCACGCCAUCACACCCCUCUACCUCGGAGCCACGGCCGGCAUGCGGCUGCUCAACAUUUCUGACCCCCAGGCUUCAGACAGUGUCCUCAGAGCUGUGACCUCCACGCUAAAGCAAUACCCCUUCGACUUCCUUGGAGCCAGGAUUCUGAGUGGAGAGGAUGAAGGCUUAUUUGGAUGGGUCACCGCUAACUACCUCCUGGAGAACUUCAUAAAGUACGGGUGGAUCGGGCGCUGGAUUCGCCCAAAGAAAGCCACGGUGGGGGCCAUGGACCUGGGCGGCGCCUCCACCCAGAUCACCUUCGAGACCACUGGGGUGAUCGAGAGCCCUGGCAACCAGGUGACACUGAAGUUGUAUGGGCAGCCCUACAAGGUGUACACGCACAGCUUCCUCUGCUACGGCAUGAACGAGGUCCUCAACCGGCUGGUCUCCAGGAUCCUGAAGGCUACAGGCUACGCCCUCCAAGUGGACAAUCCGUGCUGGCCGCAGGGCUUCAGGCGCAGCUUCUCCCUGGAGAGCAUCUACGGGUCUCCCUGUGUCAGCUCCGAGAGGCCUCCCAGCUACGCCCCCAAGGCCAUGGUGAACAUGAGCGGCUCGGGGGAUGCAGCCCAGUGCUUGGCGCACGCGGAGAGCCUCUUCCGGUUCACGGGCUGCCCUUACUCCCACUGCUCCUUCGACGGAGUCUUCCAGCCUCCUGUCGAGGGGAACUUUAUCGCCUUCUCUGCGUUUUUCCACACGGUGGAUUUCAUCCAGUCCGUGAUGAAAAGACCGGUGGACACGCCAAAUGAUCUGAGGGAGGCUGCGGUGGACAUCUGCGGUACAACAUGGAAUGAGCUCCUUAAGAAAGCACCGAACCUGGAGCCCUUUCUGCAGAAUUACUGCUCGAUGGCCACGUUCAUCUCGCUGCUCCUCAUACGGGGCUACUCCUUCAGCAACAGCACUUUCCCCAACAUUGCCUUCCAGAAGAAGGCCGGGGACACGACCAUUGGCUGGGCCCUGGGCUACAUGCUAAAUCUCACCAACAUGAUCCCGGCAGAAGAGCCUGGCUUCUGGAAAAGCACCAGCUUUGGCCCCUGGGUUGGCCUCAUCCUCUUGUUCGUCGCCAUCCUCCUGGGCAGCAUAGUUAGCGUCUUCUGCCUGCUGAGAUCCUCCAAGGGACGAGGGGCAGUGUAGUGCCCGUGGGAGCCCUGACCUCACGAGGGGGCACUGGAUGCCAGCUGUCUCCCAUCCUGCCUUCCCUGGUCACGCCCUGGGGACUCCAGCCUCUUGCCAAAACUCAGGAAGGAAGAAACAGGGCCCGGACGGAAGGACCACUCUCCAUGGCGAUGCCUGGCAUGGAUCCUUGGGCGCUCAGCCAACCAACUUUCCUGCAUCCAUUUCCUUCCUGAAGGAUCAGAGGGCUCCCAACUUCAAGAAAAAGAAAAAAAAGGACGCCGCCAUUCACAAGGACAGCCUCCUGGAGUCCUCCAUCACUUCCGUUCUUCCUGUUUGGUUGUUAGGCUCAGGAAUUCCCAAUUAGAGUUCAGAUAUCAGGGGCCUGUCCUAGACAUCUUGACCCCAACCAUACUCUGACCCCAUGAACAAAUGACCCCGGGAGGGAAUAUCACCACCUGUCUCUUUCUUUGGACUGUGGAUGUUGGAAGGUGUGACAACCCGCUGGAUAUUUUUGCCCCUCAGCAAACACCAGUCUUCAAAAACUGCGGUCCCUUCAAAAGUAAAUUUGUUUGUCCAAAAAAUGUACUACGGGAACUUUAAAUGGGCCCAAACCAUCCAGAUUCCCACUGGAUUGAAGUCAUUCGCUGGGGGAGGGGCGGUUUGAUCCCAACUCUUGGCACAGGUUCUUGUUCCAGUUGAGUCAAGACAUCAUGGAGAUCUUUGUGGUGUGUUUGGGGCAGCCAUGUGGAUUUCUGACUGUAGCCCACAACUGUGGGACUUCAUUCACGUACAAACCGGGUUUGGCUUGGCUUAGCUCUUUGAGAUCACCCACGAUCGCCUAGCAGGGCAUCUUUAGGGAACUGAAAUCCAGCAAGCUGUCUUUACCUCUGCUGAGACAACCCCCUCUUUUUCUGCUUAGUACCUCUUCCUCCACCCACACACCCUUUAUUGACCUCCUGACCCCCGAAUGAAAGCUUAUUGCAGGACAAGCCCCGCUUUGGAGUUUUCCUCGGUAGAGGGAUAGCAUGACUCCCUCCAGCCUUUGGGAAUCUUUUUUUCCGAAUCUUUUCCAGAAAUUAGGGGAAGCCUUGCUUUCUUUCUGCGAGAAAAAUCCAAAGACUGACUGUAUUUCUUGCACUCCUGGGUGUCACACCCAUCCAUGAGACAAAACACUUCAAACAAUGUUUAAUUCAAAAAUUAAAAAUCAUCUACAUUCGAAUUUA